AUGUUUCUCAACUAUUUUACUGUUUCCUCCAUUAAUUCAUAUUGUUUGCUGAAAUUUGCUUCUAGUUUGGAUCUUGAUGGCUCAACUGUGGAUUCAGACAGCCAUAAUGACUCCAGAUCCAAAAAACGGGGAAGAUCUGAAUCUUGCAGUGGUACAAGUAGCAAAGCAUGUCGAGAGAAAUUGAGAAGAGAUAAACUAAAUGACAAGUUUCUUGAAUUGGCCUCAAUUCUGGAACCCGGAAGACCACCUAAAAUAGAUAAAGCUGCAAUUUUGGUUGAUGCUGUUCGAACAGUCACUCAAUUACGAAAAGAAGCACAGAAGUUGAAAGAUUCUAGUUCUGAUCUUCAAGAGAAAAUCAAAGAGCUCAAGACUGAAAAGAACGAGCUUCGUGAUGAGAAGCAGAGGUUGAAGAUUGAGAAAGAGAAGCUUGAGCAACAGGUAAACACCAUGAACGCACAACCAAGCUUCAUGCCAAUGGCUCAUCAUCCACCUGCAAUCCCUGCUGCUGCAUAUGGAGGCAAUAAGUUGGUUCCGAUGAUUAGUUACCCAGGCAUGGCGAUGUGGCAAUUCAUGCCGCCUGCUGCUGUUGACACCUCACAAGAUCAUGUCCUCCACCCUCCGGUGGCCUAA